AUGGCUGCAGCUACAGGCGGAGAGUGUCCAAAUCAUAAAGUCAAGAAGGAACCAGAACCUGAGGCUUGUAGUGGAUGUCCAGUGGAAGGUGGUUCUAUCAAUCCUAUGAACAAUGCAAAAUUUUCCUUUCAGGAGUUGGAACAUCCCAAUCAAAAGCCGGCACCCGAUCAGCCGUUCCCGUUGCCUAAAGAGCGAGAAAAAUCUACUAUUCCUAGGGCUGGAACUACGGAAACCUGGACAUACCCGAGCCCUCAGAUGUUCUGGAACGCUAUGUUGAAAAAAGGCUGGCGUUGGCAAGAGGACCAGCUCUCAGAAAAAGAUAUGGAAAACAUUAUUCGCAUACAUAAUGCAAAUAAUGAGGAAGCAUGGCGUGAGGUGCUAAAGUGGGAAAAUCUGCUGCAUCCGGAGUGUGCAGAACCAAAAUUGAAAAGUUUCAAAGGAGAUGCCAAAAAGAUCACUCCUCGAGCUCGAUUCCGCAACAUAUUCUUAGGAUAUGAACUUCCAUUUGACCGACAUGAUUGGGUUGUCGAUAGAUGUGGAAUCAAGGAGGUAGGUGUAAAUCAAUGAUU